AUGGGGCCCGGGGCCACAGCGCUGGGGGCCCUGCUGCUGCUGCUGGGCCGGGGCCGCCCCCACCCCCAGUGCCUGGACUACAAGCCGCCCUUCCAGCCCCCCCAGCCCCUGGCCUUCUGCCGCGAGUACUCCGCCUUCGGCUGCUGCGACGGCCGGCGGGACGCCCAGCUGAGCGCCAGGUUCCAGGCGCUGGGCAGCUUCCUGGACCCCGCCGGCCUGCAGAGCUGCGGGCGCUUCCUGCGUGACCUGCUGUGCCAGGAGUGCUCGCCCUACGCUGCCCACUUGUACGAUGCAGAGGACGUGAGCUCCCCAGUGCGGGCCCUGCCCGGCUUGUGCCCCGCGUACUGCGCAGCCUUCUGGCUGCGGUGCCGCUCCGUGCUGAGCCUCCUGACCGAGGACCCUGCCAGCCUGGCGCUGGAGGGCGACCGCGCCCGCUUCUGCGGCGCCCUGGAGCUGGACGACCCCACCUACUGCUACCCGGCGGUGCUGGGCAGCGUGGUGCUGAGCCAGGGGCUGGGCCGGGUGCGGGAGGGCGCCCGCGGCUGCCUGCAGCUCUGCCUGCGGGAGGUGGCCAACGGGCUGCGUAACCCCGUGGCCAUGGUGCACGCCAGGGACGGCUCCCACCGCUUCUUCGUGGCCGAGCAGCGGGGCUGCAUCUGGGUCUUCCUGGCCAACGGCUCGCGGGCCGCGCGCCCCUUCCUGGACCUGCGGGCGGCCGUGCUCACCUCACCCUGGGCGGGCGACGAGCGGGGCUUCCUGGGCCUGGCCUUCCACCCCCGUUUCCACACCACCCGCACCUUCUACGUCUACUACUCCGCCCGCGCCGGGCCCCACGAGAUCGUCCGCAUCUCCCAGUUCCGCGUCUCGGCCCACGACCCCAACGCCGCCGACCCCCGCUCCGAGAGGAUCCUCCUGGAGGUGCUGGAGCCGGCGUCGAACCACAACGGGGGGCAGCUGCUGUUUGGGGCUGACGAGCUGCUCUACAUCUUCACAGGGGACGGGGGGCGAGCGGGGGACCCCUUCGGGGCCUUCGGCAAUGCCCAGAACAAGUCGUCCCUGCUGGGCAAGGUGCUGCGGAUUGACGUGGAGCCGGGGCCCGACGACCCCCCCUACCGCAUCCCGCCCGACAACCCCUUUGUGGGGGAGCCAGGGGCCCGGCCCGAGGUCUACGCCUAUGGGGUGCGGAACAUGUGGCGCUGCUCCAUGGACAGGGGUGACCCCACCAGCGGCGCCGGGCGCGGACGCAUCUUCUGCGGGGACGUGGGGCAGAACAAGUACGAGGAGGUGGACGUCAUCGUGCCGGGUGCCAACUAUGGCUGGCGGGCGAAGGAAGGGUUCGCCUGCUACGACCAGGCACUGUGCGCCAACGCCUCGCUCGACGACGUCCCCCCCAUAUUCGCCUAUUCGCACGAGCUAGGGCGCUCAGUGACGGGGGGCUACGUGUACCGGGGCUGCCACAGCCCCAACCUGCGCGGCCGCUACAUCUUCGGGGACUUCAUGAGCGGGCGCCUGAUGUCGCUGCGGGAAGAGGCUGGCUCCGGGCACUGGCUCUACAAGGAGCUGUGCAUGGGCCAGGGCCAGACCUGCGCCUUCCCUGGCCUCCUCAACCACCACGUACCCCACAUCAUCUCCUUCGCCGAGGACGAGGCCGGUGAGCUCUAUUUCCUCGCCACGGCCAUCCCCAGUGCAGCCGUGCCAGCCGGGAUCUUGUAUCGGAUCGUGGACCCCUCCAGGCGGGCGUCCCCCGGACAGUGCGAGAUCAGCCCCGUGCCUGUCCCCAUCCAAGGGAAGCUCAUUCCCUUCCGCCCAACACAGACAUCCCCAGCACUGCCCACCCCUCAGCCCAACCCAGCCGCCAGGCCCCUGGCUCGCCCGGACUGUGGGGUGCUGCAGCAACUUCCCACACCCCGGCCAGGGCUAAGCCUGCCCCCCACCACCCCCAACUGGUACCAGCAGCUGCUGGAGUGCCUGGAAGCCAAGAGCAGCCCACGGAGCCAUGCCUCUUGGCCCCCAAGCACCCAACAGCCCCUCAGCCUGGGGCCGCCCCCCACAACCCACCCAGCCCCCAACCUCCAUCUUUCCCCCAGCCAAGGACUGCCCCCCACAACCCACCCAGCCCCCAACCUCCAUCUUUCCCCGAGCACCCACCUGCACCCCAGCACAGGGCCACCCCGCACAACCCACCCAACCCCCAACCCACCUCUUUCCCACAGCACCCACCAUCCCCCCAGCAUAGAGCUGUACUUCAGAACCCACCCAGCCCCCAACCCCCAGCUGCCCCACAGAACGUUGCUGUCCCCUGCCACCCCCCAUCCCCCCAGGCGGGAGGUUGGGCACCACCCCAGGAAGAUGGGGCCCCGGAGGUGGCUGGGGGCAAAGGGCCCCACCUGGCAGCUGCCCCCUGGCACGGUGCGGCUGGUGCACAGGGGUGCGAUGCCCGGGCGGGGCCGGCUGGAGAUCCUGGUGGGGGGCCAGUGGGGCACAGUCUGCGACGAUCUGUUUGACAGGCGGGCGGCCGCUGUUGUGUGCCGGCAGCUGGGCUACAGGCAGGCGUUGCGGGUGGCCCGCCGGGCGGAGUUUGGGCAAGGGGCCGCGCUGCCCAUCCUGCUGGACGAUGUGCAGUGCCAGGGCUCUGAGCGCAGCCUGCUGGAGUGCCAGAGCGCCCCCCCCGGGCAGCACGACUGCGCCCACAGCGAGGACGUGGGGGUGGUGUGCGGGCACUGGGAGCGCCAGGGGUUGCCCGUAACUUCUGCCUCCUUCCUGCCUCCCUGGCAGCGCCCCGGGUCCUCAGUGGCUUUUGGUGGCAGGUCCUUGAGUGCUGCCAAGGACCUGGAGCGAGUAAAGGCCCCACCGCUGAAGACCCGGACGCCGCCGGGUGCCCCAUGA